AUGCUUAUCGCUAUCGCUUGCCUGCUCGCUAUGGUACUGGUGACGUUUUCACAUUUUCUUUCACCAUGUUGCAGAAUUAUUGCGAAUCCACUCAUCUACUCUUACGAAUAUCUCAAAACUUCGUCAAACACUAGCAAUCUUUCCAUGCUUAUCGUUGGCAUACCACUUAACAUCGGUACCUCGUUCUACUGCAUAAUAUCGUACAGUGUGCUAUUCAUCUACAUACACAGAACGAGUGCUUCGGAAAAUGUUCAGACAUGUAAGCGACGAGAAAUGAGAUGCUGCAUUCAAUUUCUACUGAUGUUUCUUACAUACACUUUCGUAUGGCUAACAUUCUUCCUACGCCCAGCAUUGGAUAUCCCGUACGAAGAGAUAUAUUCCUUUACGCUAAUAUCGCUGGUGGCGAAUUGCGGAGUCAACUCUAUUAUUUAUCUGACCAUGAACACAGAGGUACGCGGCGCAGCAAACAAGAUACUCGGCAAGGAAAUUUUCAGCACGCGAGUAACAUCUAAAGCUAUUCACUUUACUCAUCAUCAAUCCUGA